AUGGACAUGGAGUUGUUUCACAAGCUGAAGCACUUCCUUGCUGUGGUGUUCUUACAACUCGGAUUUGCGGGGAUCGACAUCCUCCGCAAAAAAGCCCUAAAUAGGGGCAUGAGCAUCUACGUGCUCUUGGUUUACCGCCAGGCCAUCGCGACGCUCGUCAUUGCCCCUUUCGCCUUCUUCCUAGAGAAGGACAGGCCAAAAAUGACACUCUCCAUCUUCAUCAGACUGAUGGGGCUUGGCUUACUGGAGUCGGUAGACCAGAACAUGUACUAUUUGGGGAUGAAGCACACGACGGCGACAUUCGCAGCUGCCAUGCGCAAUAUUAUUCCGGCCAUCACCUUCGUCAUCGCUUGGAUUGUGUGCCUCGAAAGGGUGGAAAUGAGGAGUAUUCGGAGCCAAGCCAAGGUGCUUGGGACACUAGCGACGGUUGCUGGAGCCAUGAUCAUGACACUAAUCGAAGGCCCGGUUCUCGAACUAUUUUGGAUAAGAGGAGGAGGGACGACCACCAACAACAUUCAAAAUGGGAGUGCUACUGGUGGGAUCAGCCUCCAGAACUCCAUCAAGGGUUCUCUCUUGAUCACUGUUGGAUGCUUCAACCGGGCUUUCUUCAUGAUUCUGCAAAAAAUUACACUACGAACAUAUCCUACUGAGCUCUCUCUUGCGGCUUGGAUAUGCUUUUUGGGGACGGUCGAGAAUGCAGUUGUGGCUUUGUUCAUGGAAAGGGGAAACGCCACUGUUUGGUUCAUACAGUGGGACGCCAAAUUACUAGCGGCUGUCUAUAGUGGAAUAGUGCACUUAGGAUUUACUUACUACAUCGAAGGCGUUGUCAUGAAACAAAGAGGACCGGUUUUUGUCACAGCCUUCAGUCCUCUCAGCAUGGUCCUCGUCGCUGUCUUGAGUACCUCCAUUUUAGCAGAGCAGCUUUUCUUGUGGAGGCUCAUCGGCGCCGUUGUCAUUGUGGCCGGUUUAUAUCUGGUCGUGUGGGGGCAAAAGCAAGGACCUUCACCAAUAGACGAGCAACAGGCGUUGCCAACAGAAGUUUGUUAG